UCCGGAUAACGGCUGCAGUGGUGUUGCCGCCGAGCUGUGCGGUGUCGCUAUCAUGGUCGAAGCAGCCACCAAAGCCCACGAUGACCAGCACUUCUUCCAUCGACAUUCACAUCUGCGAGAGUUUAUCUGCGGCGGGACGGCCGCGGCGAUCAACAUCAUCGUAACCUUCGUCCCAAACAAGAUCAUGUUUCGUCAGCAGCUGUACGGCACGUCCACGGUGGAUGCAUGGAAAAGUAUACGUGACGAUGGCUGGCCUCGACUGUACCGCGGCGUGCGUCCGCCGUUGAUGCAGGCUGCCGUGUCCAAGUCCAUCAUGUUUGGUCUGUACAACUCGUACCAUGCCAAGCUCACCACCACGUUUGGGAACCACAUCGGCGGCCUUUCCACGUCGCAUUACGCGGCGUUCCUGUCUGGCACGACGGAGGCCGUGUUGACUCCGUUCGAACGCAUCCAAACACUGCUGCAAACCACAAAAUACAACACGACGUUCUCCAGUGCGGCGGAUGCUGUCGUCCAGGUCACCCGUCGGGGGCCGAGGGAGCUCUACCGCGGUGUCACAGCCAUCUUAAUCCGCAACGCGCCAUCCAACAUCAUCUUUUUUGGGCUACGCGAACCCGUCCGGGACCUGCUGCCAGAAACCACAUCUUCGCAUGCCAUAUUUGCCGCCGAUUUCGUGAGUGGCGCCGUCUUGGGGGCAUUUCUCAGCACGUUGUUCUUUCCCCUCAACGUGGCCAAAACGCGCAUGCAAAGCGUGUACGGCACGACCCGACACAUGGGCGUAGUCGAAGCCCUGGAACUGACGUACCACGAACGGGGAGGCAGCUGGGUCAAGGUCUACCGAGGGGUUCACAUCAACUUUGUGCGGUCGCUCAUUACGUGGGGUAUCAUCAAUUCGGCCUACGAGAAACUCAUGACGUUGACCGAAUAACACCUUAGAUUAUAUAUAUAUAUAUUGUCGAUU